CUGGAGGCUGGCUGCAGACGUCGUUACGGAAAGAGUGUGUGUGUGGGAGGGGGCGAUCAGGGAUAGAUCCAUGUGGUUCCACACAAAUACUUCUGCAAAGUAUUCUCUACGUCGAGGAACUUAUAUUGUACGAAUGAAGUAGAUCUUGUUCGGCUGGAAUGAACCUGAUCGUUUUCUUAACAACAAACCCCAAACUCUUAAAAGCAAUAACAACAAACUAUAAAGGCCUCGGGUGGCUGAGAUCUGGAGGGUAGGGUUGGAAGCCAAGCUAGGCAGAAGUGUCUGAAAGACUCCCGGUCUCUAGAUAACCAGCAAUAGCUGGAAGCCUGGCCCAAGUGGUACAGUGCCAGCCACGAGCGAGCCCGUCCGGAGAGCAGGAGACCCUCCACGCAAGCCAUGGAACGGCCACACACAAAAGAAAUAGAUUCUAAUGAGGUAAAGGGCGAAAGACAACUGGGAUCACAGAGCCCACGGUCAUCUUCUCACUUGGAACCAGUGUCCACGACGACCUUUCAGAUUUUUUCUGGAAUAUUUCAACAUCCCUUCGAAAUCAUGUCCAAGGACAGGCUCCCGCCGGAAGGCCUUCCCCUGAGAGCACCCCCGACGGGCGAGGAGGCGCAGAUCACCGACAGGACGUUCUUCCUGGACGCCUCCCGGCAGGGCCUGACGCGCAUCCCCUCGGAGAUCCUGGCGCUGGGGGAACUGGAGGAGAUCCACUUGGAAGGCAACCAGAUAGAGGAGAUCCCCGCCGACAUCCAGCGCCUCAAGAACGUCAGGGUCCUUUACCUGAACAACAACCAGGUGCGGAGCCUGUGUCCGGAGCUGGGGAGGCUGAGCAGCCUGGAGGGCCUGGACCUGAGCUCCAACCCGCUGCUCCCGGCCUCCCUGGGCGUGCUGUCCUGGUUGCGCGCCCUGCGCGAGCUGCGCCUCUACCACACCGACAUCCGGGAGGUCCCUGUGCCCCUCUGCAAAGCCCUCCAUCACCUCGAGCUCUUCGGGCUGUCGGGCAACCACUUGGAAUCCCUGCCGAAGGAAAUCGUGAACCAGACCAAGCUGAGGGAGAUCUACCUGAAGCAAAACCAGUUCAAGGUCUUUCCCCCGGAGCUGUGUGCGCUCCACAACCUGGAGAUCAUCGACCUGGACGAGAACCAGCUCACGGCGCUCCCGGACGAGGUGGGCCACCUGCGGCGCCUGCACAAGCUCUACCUGGCCUACAACCACCUGUGCAGCCUGCCCGAGUCGCUGCACCUGUGCGGCCGCAUGGCCGUGCUCGACCUGUCCCACAACCUCCUCCACUCCCUCCCGCACAACCUGGAGGAGCUGGUUGAGAUGACCGAGGUGGGCUUGAGCGGGAACCGGCUGGAGAAGCUGCCCCGCCAGGUGUGCCGGUGGCCAGCGCUGCACCUGCUCUACGUGCAUGGCGCGGGGCUGCGCUCGCUGCGCUGCUCCAUCCGCAGGCUGACCAACCUCUGCUUCCUCGACCUCAGCCAGAACCACCUGGACCACCUGCCCGCACAGCUCUGCUCGCUCAGGAACCUGGAGAUCCUGGCCCUGGACGACAACAACCUCCUCCAGUUACCUCCUGAGUUGGGCUUGCUUUCAAAACUGAAGAUACUUGGACUCACAGGAAAUGAGUUUGUCUCCUUUCCAGAGGAAGUGUUUUCUCUCGUGUCUCUAGAGAAAUUAUACAUCGGGCAAGACCAGGGAACCAAGUUCACUUAUUUGCCAGAACAGGUUGGAAAACUGCAGAGUCUUAAAGAGCUGCACAUAGAGAACAAUUGCCUCGAGUACCUUCCCAUAUCUUUGGGGUCAUUGCCUCAUCUAGAAGUUCUUGACUGCCGGCACAAUUUGCUUAAACAGAUCCCAGAUAGCCUUUGCCAAGCACAAGAUUUGAAAGAGCUGCUGCUAGAGGACAACUUGCUCACAGAGAUUCCAGAAAACUUAGAUCAACUAGUGAAUCUUCAGGUUCUGACCCUGAUGGACAACCCCAUGGAAGACCCACCGCAGGAUGUUUGUGCCGGAGGCAUCCAGAGCAUCUGGAAGUACCUGAAGGAGAAGAAAGCCAAGAAACUAAGGGCAAUAAGGAUUCAAGCGUGGUGGCGUGGGGUCAUGGUGAUUAGAGGCCUAGGGAAAUUUGAAGACCUAGUAAAAGGACGAAAGAAAGGAAAGUCCUCUCCAAAAGAUAAAAAAGAUAAAAAAGCAGCAGCUGCCGCCGCCGCAGCAGAAGCAGCAAAGAAACCUGGAAAAGGGAAGCCCGGAAAGGGAAAUAAGAAAUAAUACCGUAAAUCAAUGAGUUAAGGGUGUUAACCCGAAUGGAUGUUGAAGCCACAAUGUGAAGCGUUCAAUGCCAGCCACACACACAAUUAUCUGUCAAUUUAUAGCUACUUGUAAUAAUAAAAGAUUCUUCUUUUUA